AUGUAUAGCAAGAAGUCGUGGGGCGGAAAUCAGGAGCCCUUCAUUUUGGUCAAGUUCAUCAAGGACAACAAGGAGGGGGAGGCAGAUCCCACCGUCGGCGUAGUCAUCUGGGAAUGGAAGGACGCGAACCUGCUCGGCAAGCCCACCGACGCCGCUCUAGAUGAUCGCAAAUACAUAUGCGAUGACGAGUCCAUCGGCCAGAGCCUCUGUAAUGAGACGCACAAGGGCGAAUGGAUCCUCGCCGACAACUCUGACAUGCUCUCCAAGAACUACAUCCGCACCGCCGCCAUCCACCUCAAAGAGCCCCGACCCAUCAAUUACCCCGUGGCCUCGGCCGCCCAGGCUAAGAUGACGCUUCGGACGGGAUACUACUGUGUUGCGACAGCAGCUUACUCCGAUAACAUCGAUUACACGGCAAUUGUGAGCUUCCGAAACGCCUACGGGGAGCUACCGGCUGCCCAGAUUGCUAAGCUUCCAUUCUACGGAGGCAUCACAAUUGUGUAUGCCGUCAUCGGAAUCUUCUGGGCGUUCCUGUACGUCCAGAACCGGUCCGACAUCCUCGCCGUGCAAAACUAUAUCACAGCCAUCAUUGUGUUCCUAGUCCUCGAGAUGUUGAUGACGUGGGGCUUCUACGACUACCAGAAUCGACAUGGCAACAACCUGGGCGCGAAGGUGCUCAUGAUCAUCGUCGCCGUCCUCAAUGCCUUCCGCAAUUCAUUUUCCUUCUUCCUGCUCCUGAUCGUGUGCAUGGGAUACGGUGUAGUCAAGCCAACAUUGGGCAAGACUAUGACCAUUGUUCGCUGGCUUGCCGUUGCGCACUUCGUAUUUGGCGUCAUUUACGCCGUCGCUUCGCUUACGAUCCGACCGGAUGAUGCGGGGCCUCUGGUUCUGCUCGUCAUUCUUCCCCUCUCAGCCACGCUUACAGCCUUCUACAUCUGGACGUUGAAUUCCUUAAAUCUCACCAUGAAAGAUCUCAUGGAGCGGAAACAGCACGUCAAGGCGGACAUGUACAAGAAGCUAUGGUGGUGCAUCCUGGCGAGCAUUAUUGUCAUCUUCGGCUUCUUCUUCAUCAACAGCUUCACCUUUGUUGGAGCAUCAAGUCCAGAUUUCGCGCCCCGUCACUGGCAAACAAGGUGGUUUGUCCUAGAUGGAUGGCUGAACCUAGUAUACCUAGCCGAUGUGUGCUUUGUUGCAUACAUGUGGAGACCAACGGCAAACAACAGGCGAUUCGCUAUGAGCGACGAGAUCGCCCAAGAUGAUGAAGGCUUCGAGAUUGCGUCUCUCCGCGAUUCACUCGAUGAAGAGGAAGGUCCGUCAAGCCACCCGCCCGCAUACGAUCCAGCGCCACGACACCGCAGCCCAGGUCACGGCCAGGGCUUCAACCGUGAUAUCUCACCCCUUCCCGCUCCCAAGCCUCAAAAGCCCGUAGUGCCUCCUAGAGAGAGUCUAGAUGGUGACACCAUUUUCGCAGUGGGCGAGGACGAUAAGUGGAGUGACGACGAGAUUGAGCCUGCCAGCCCGACGGAUGGUGACGAGCGCACCCGAUUAACGAGCAGGAAGAACGAUUAG